CUCCACUCAGUUAGCUUCACGCGCACAAACAAGGCUUUUUAACGUGUCGGCUCGACCAGCAGCGGGACGUCCCUUUCCUCUCACGGCAACACUUCGGACGAGCAUGACUUCCACUCCUCCACACAACUUCUCCUGGGUCGACCCAGACAAACUGGCCGGACUGGCGCUGCCCAGGAUGAAGUCUGAAUACCAGUACCUGCUCGACAACGGCAUCAAACACCUGGUUUGCCUGUGCGAGAAAAAACCACCGUGCUAUGACUCGUGCCCGGAGCUGCAGCUGCAACACAUCGAGAUAGUGGACUUCACUCCUCCUUCCCCGAGUCAGAUCGAUAGAUUCCUCUCCAUCGUGGAAGAGUCCAACUCCAAGGGAGAGGGUGUGGCAGUUCACUGCAUGCACGGUCACGGGCGAACCGGGACCAUGCUAGCCUGCUACCUGGUGAAGACCCGGAAGAUAUCGGGGGUCGAGGCCGUCAACGAGAUCCGCAUUCUGCGUAAAGGCUCCAUCGAAACGCACGAACAAGAGAAAGCUGUGGUGCAUUUCCAUCAGCGCACAAAGUAGGAACACAUAACACUGCUACUUCUGCUCAGAAGCAGUCGUUUUUUAAGGUAACAAGCAUGAAAUAAGUGUAAUAAGUGCCUCAACUUUAUUGCUAAUCGAACAAUUAAUUAUCUAUGAAUAGGAAAAAACAAGCAUUUAAUUCAUGU